AGAUGGUCUAUUCACUAUUCAACACACUUCAUAUUAAAACUUAAGUUCUCACUGAUCUUCCCUUGUCUUCUUCAAUGGCGUUAUCAACCUCCAUUAAUCUCCCUAAAGUCCUCUUAUUAAGACCACCACCAAUUUACCUUCUUUACGAACCCCUAUUUUGUCUCCAUUUCAACUUCCUCAAAGCCUACGAAUCGCAGCUACCUCUCCCUGAUUUCCUCGCCGCUUCCAGCGCCACCAAUAUCUCCGCAAUGUUCGUAACCAACCUUGGCCCUAAAAUUACUGCCGAUAACAUCCUCAACUACCUUCCUUCACUUCGAUGCAUCGUUACCUCGACCAUUGGCGUUGACUUCGUCGACCUCGAUGAAUGUCGCCGUCGUCAAAUCACCGUUGCUAAUGCCGCCGAUGUUUUCUCUCGGGACUGCGCUGAUACUGCGAUUGCGCUUUUGUUUGAUGUUCUUCGGAGGAUUUCUGAAGCGGAUCGGUUUGUUCGAGGAGGGAAUUGGAGCGCUUCUACUUUUCCUUUAGGGCAUCGGAUAGGAAGCAGAAAAAUAGGCAUUGUUGGCUUGGGAAGCAUUGGUUCCAGAAUUGCAAAACGGCUUGCAGCCUUCAAUUGCAGUAUUUCAUACACCUCAAGAAAAUGCAAACCUUCCGUUCCAUACUCAUUUUACUCAGACAUCAAAGAUCUGGCCAAGAAUAGUGAUGUACUUGUAUUAUGUUGCCCGUUAACUGAUGAAACAAGGCAUAUGAUAAACAGAGAAGUACUAUUGGCACUUGGUAAGGAAGGAGUAAUCAUCAAUGUUGCACGUGGAUCUGUAGUUGAUGAGAACGAGCUGGUCAAAUGUUUGCUGGAAGGCCAAAUAGCAGGCGCUGGUCUCGACGUUUUUGAUAAUGAGCCUAGUGUCCCUAAAGAGCUAUUGGAUUUAGACAACGUUGUUCUGACGCCCCACCUUGCUGCUUGCACGGAGGAGGCUUUCGAAGAUUUGUUUGAACAUGUGAAAGGAAACUUGUUGGCUUUCUUCUCAAAUAAGCCACUUCGCUCUCCAAUCAUCUGAUAGAUGACUCAGUUGCCAUAUUUCUUGCAGGUUGGCUAGUUAUUUACAUUUGUUAGUUGUGUACACAUUUUCUUCAUCGAUUAUGAAGCAAAUCUCAAGAAUGAAGCAGUAUAUCUCUUGGGGUUGAUUUUCAGUAUCAAGCAAUCUGGUGCUGAUGUCCUAUUCCUUUACCUUUUUGAUUGGCUCGGGUUACUUUAUUUUUUUUAAUAAUCCCUAUUUUAGGCGAUAAUAUAUCAGGAUACUUUGUAAAGUGUUGUCUAUGUAAGCGUUAUUGUUACCCCA